AUGAAACAUUUUUAUUUUACACAAGAUCAAUUUAAUAGAAAUUUUCUGAUAGGAUGGUCAAUUACUGGCAAUAUGAAUUACAUUCGAUAUUAUCACACAGCAUCUGUGCUGACAAAUGGAAAAGUAUUAGUUGCUGGUGGAUACGGCGGUAGUAGUUAUGUGAAUAGUGCUGAAUUGUAUGAUCCAUCAACUGGCAUGUGGACAGUAGUCCAAAAUAUGACUUACAUUCGAGGCUACCACACAGCAUCCUUAUUGACAAAUGGACAAGUAUUAGUUGCAGGUGGAUUCAUAGGGAGUACUUCUUUAAGUACUGUCGAACUCUAUGAUCCAUCAACUGGCAUGUGGACGAUCACCGGAAAUAUGACCUAUAUUCGAUGUUGUCACACAGCAUCUAUACUAACAAAUGGAAAGGUAUUGGUUACAGGUGGCUACACAGGUAUUACUUAUUUAAAAAGCGUCGAACUGUAUGAUCCAUCCACUGGCGUAUGGACAGCUAUCGGGAAUAUGACUUAUGCUCGAUAUUUUCACACAGCAUCCAUAUUGACAAAUGGACAAAUAUUAGUUGCUGGUGGAUUUGGAAGUGUUGGAUAUUUAAACACUGCUGAGUUGUAUGAUCCAUCAACUGGCAUGUGGACAGUAGUCCAAAAUAUGACUUACGUUCGAGGGUACCACACAGCGUCCGUACUAGCAAAUGGAAAGGUAUUAAUUGCCGGUGGACGUAAUUCUACUGUUGCUAUGAAUAGUGCUGAGUUAUAUGAUCCAUCAACAGCUUCUUGGACAACAAGUUAUAGUAUGAACUAUAAUCGAUGGUAUCACACAGCAUCGACAUUAACAAAUGGAAAAGUGAUCAUUGCUGGUGGACGCAAUAAUAGUAUCAUUACGAAUAGUACUGAAAUUUAUGAUCCAUCAACAGGAGUGUGGACAAUCACUUCUAAUAUGAAUUACAGUCGAUCUAGUCAUGCCGCAUGUAUAUUAACAAAUGGAAGAGUUCUGGUGGCGGGUGGAAUCGGAACAAAUAGUUCCGAGUUGUAUCAACCAUAA